AUGGUGUUUAUUCUCGAAGUUGAAUCCAAGGAAAGCUGUUUUGUGUGGCUAUCAACACCAGAGUUUCGUCGCUUGUGCCAAUUGUCACACUGUACAUACGUUUUAAAGGCGGAUGACAAUGUUUUUUAUGGUAACGUCAACAAGUACAUACCCCCUGAAUUUUGUGUCGUCUCUGGUCCCGGGAUAAGAGAAGACAAUGAAGCAAUGGUGCUCUCAAAAGUUGAACUUAUGAAAAACUUGAGAAGUUAUGUGAAACAGGAUGCAAAAUUAGUUCAACUCCUCGAGUGCUUGCAAAAAUCCCCACCCCCAUUUGUCAUAUUUUCCGAGAACAAACUUGAUGUAGACAAUAUCCACGAUUAUCUCCUACUCAAAGGAGUUGAUGCAGUUGCAAUCCACGGUGGCAAGGAUCAACAAGAGAGGGAUUACGCGAUAAAGGCUUUUAAAUCCAGGAACAAAGAUGUCUUAGUCGCCACUGAUGUGGCCUUAAAAGGGCUGGAUUUUCCUGAUAUCCAACAUGUCAUUAACUAUGACAUGCCCGCUGAGAUUGGCAAUUAUGUACACCGUAUAGGUCGGACAAGAAGAUUUGGAAAUACAGGAACCGCAACAACCUUCAUAAAUAAUAGCCAAAGUGAGACUACACUGCUUGAUCAAAAACACCUUCUCCUAGAAGCCAAUCAGAGAGUACCUCCAGUAUUGGCUCUACUUGAUUUCCAAACAGAAGAAGCAGCCACUGGAUGUGCCUAUUGUGGAGGCCUAGGUCAUAGGACUCAAAACUAUCUAAAAUUGGAGCAUCAAAAUAAGCAACUCCUAAAUCCUAAACAUGAUUAUUAUUUUGGAGGUGGGGGUUAUAGGGCAGAAAUAUAA